AUGGAUGCGGAUGUGGAUUCUGCGGCGAGGGCGGACCCAGACCUAGACAGCGGACGAUUAGCGCCGAUAAACGAGGAUAACGACGAAGAGCUGGCGGAGUCAAUUGAGCGUGACGAUGAACCAUCGCUGCCAGAUCACCAUGUCCAAAAGUUGAUCUGGCAAGAAACCAAUCGCCACUAUAAUUUAGUCUAUGACUUUUUCGACGACGAAACCACAAGCGCACAAGUCGACGAUGAAGCCACAAGAGCACAAGACGUCGCUCAAUUUUUCACUAAUUUGAACCGAAAAAUCAGGCUUGCCAAUAUCAGACAGGGCGUGGCUUCUUCGAGUGGAUGCAUCAACGCGCAGUUAAUUAUAGAGGCCGUCAGGCUUUGGAAAUUACGACUUAGUAAAGCGAGUGGCUGGCGACCUGAAAAACUGAUGGCGGUUUUCGAUAACACUUACAAACUGAUCAACGCGUACAACAAGAAGUUCUAUCUCCCUGAAGGCUGGAAUAUCAACCCCCUUGCUUUGGAGAGCAUGCUUAGUCCGAGCAAUAUGCGAACAUUGUUCGAGAUGGCCGCGAGUAAUACUUACAAAAGAGGGCCGCCCGCCGCUCAUCACGAUCCAACCGAGGCCAAUUUGACAGAGUUUCAGCGAUUAGAAGCCAGAGCCCAGAAUGAACAAAGGGCUAUUUCUUCCGGGGAAGUUCUAUACUGGUGGAAAAAGGGCACCGGCUAUCAAACUUUUGUGAAAUAUGGAGAUGUGGAUCCGGUAUAUCGCAUCAGAAGUGGCUCUUAUGAAUCAUUUGAUCGAAGAGAGGUUGAGCAGGUUCUCAGCUCUGAAUCCCGCGGUACGCAAAAGCGGACCUUUCGCGGAACAGAUGGAAUCAAGGUCCAGGACUGGGUUUGGACCAGGGAUCAAGUCGCUGAUAUUCUUGGUGUGGGCUGGAAAGUUCCAGAUGACGAUGAUGGAGAAGUAGAUCCCUUGAGCUUGAUUGUCCCAGAGCCUGGCGCUGUGUACCCAGAAACACGAGUUAUAGUCCUCUGGAAUGACGAAGUGACUACACUCGAAACAAGGACCUUUGUUCGUCGAAUCUCCGCUGGUCCAAACCGCAACGGAGACAAUAUUAUCUACCAGAAGGCACUAGAAGUCGAACAGACGCAUGGUAACAAUCGCCCAUGGUUAUCAGAAGACGAGAGCGAUGAAGAAAGCGAUACAGCCUCCCAAGCGUCCGAAACCCCGGAAGACAACCCUCCUGAAAGAAGGACAAAGCAGCAUUCGCAGCCUCGACAGACUCGACAAUCCACACCGUUAACUUCACGUGCUCCGAAGUACGGUAGGGGUCACUCUACGAACAUGAGGCGUGGUGAAAGUGAGAAAACACCACGAUACCGACAAAGCUCCUACCAGGCUCGCGACCUUCGUCGUGAUAUAGAGAAACUGACACGCCAGCUUGCCCAAUUGGAGGAUGGCUCUAGGAAACCGCGGCGGGGAACGAGACGCUAG